GCAAGGAAUUCUGGGACUUUUAGUUCACAGCGGAGGACGUCUCGCUUGAUAACACUGCGAAGAACAAAACAAGACAUUUACCACCAGAAAAUAAAAUAUCAGUGUCGGAUUGAGCACAAGCAGGAGCUCCGUGUGCGUUGAGUCCGGAUACCGUCGGUGGUUUUCGGUCGUCGCACUGAAGAAGAGCGGCUCACUUUUGGUGAAAAAUAAACAGGAAGUUGUUAGCGUUGUGGGACGUGUAGUUCCGCUUGCAGGCCACUGAGCUUUAUAACAACGCAUAGAAUAAAGAAACAACAAUAAAAUAACCCGAACUUAAUCCGAAGACCGUGCUUUUGGCCUCUGCGCGGGAGUAAACAUGCCCGGGUUCACCUGCUGUGUCCCCGGCUGCUACAACAACUCGCACCGGGACCGGGACCUGCGCUUCUACACAUUUCCCAAAGACACCACGCUGAGGGAGCUGUGGCUGAGGAACAUCUCCCGGGCCGGGGUCAGCGGCUGCUUCAGCACCUUCCAGCCCACCACAGGACACAGAGUCUGCAGCGUGCAUUUCGCCGGCGGGAGGAAGACCUACAGCAUCCGAGUCCCGUCGCUGUUCCCGCUGCGGGGGGUGAACGAGCGCAGGAGUCGGCGGGGCAGAGGCAGGAAAGUGUCCGCGGCGGUUCCUGCCCCCGCCGCCGCAGCCACCUCCGGGAUCGUGCUGGGAGUGUUGGGCAGCGCGGCCGAAGGAGCCGAGGGCAACGCCGGUGGAGAGGCGAGCGACGACAGCAUCACCGUGGUCCAGAUAGGCCAGAACGGGGAGUACCUGGGUACGGCGCGGCUGCCCGCUCAGUCGGAGGGGACUUGUUACACCGCGCCGAUCGUCAGCGCAGACGAGCUGACCGCCGACGACUCCUCGGUCGAAACCGCGUCCACCGUGCACCAGCCGCCCGUGCAGUACGUCAGUGUGACCAGCAGCCCGCUGGACCACUCGUACUCGCUGACCACCGGCACCACGUCCGCGGAGCUGCUGCGGAAACUGAACGAGCAGCGGGACAUCAUCGCGCUGAUGGAGGUGAAGAUGAAGGAGAUGAAGGCGACCAUACGCCAGCUCCGUGUGGCCGAGGCCAAGCUGCAGGAGGAGGUGCGGGAGCGGGACCGGCUGCUGUACGGGAACUCGGUGGCUUUUAACGUCCGGAAGAAAGUCUGAUGGGUGAACCGGAGAGAGACUCAUAGUAGAGAGGACACCGCGGUGUUUGAAGACAGCAGAUCCAGCCCUAUUUUGUAUAAAACUACGAGCGAUGACAAUUUAUUUUCAACAAGUAUAAACUGACUUUUCGUAGGCCAGAUGUAAAAAUAGUUGGCUGGCUAGUUUAUGUAGCUUAUAUUAAUAACCUCAUUGCUAAUUACCUAGAAACAUGCACAGUCUGCUAUUGGCCUGCAGCCCAAACCCCCCAAACAACAAGGCCAAUAAUACACAUGUUAUUAUUCAUUCAGAAACAGAGACUCAUAGUUUGCACAGACUUGCAAGUUAGGCUGGCUUUACACACCUAAAACCAGACUGAUGGGCAGACACAUGAGGAAGAUGCUCUUAACUGCCUCGUUGCAUUGAACGUUUUUCUCUUUAAGAUGUUUUUAUUUCCUGCAGCUUAAAUUAGGAGGUUUGUUGGAACAGAACAAGUUGUCCAAUAUACACUAAACACUAUUCUUGGCACACUUAUGGUGGUAGUCAAUUAAAUAAAACUCUGCCAUGACUUUAUCUGAGUUGCCUUUAAGGGUACCUUCAGUUUCCUUUUUAUCUUUUGUUGCUGAAGACAUUUUGUGCAACAAAAACAGACUUUUCUUUGUCAGAAAUUCCUUAAAAACUUGAAGGGGGCACUCAAAAGGUGUGAUCUUAUUAAAGGAUGUUUCUUGAAGUAUGCAUUAAGUUACAUGUGUUUUAUUAGGAAGUCACAAGAGAAAUUGCAAAGGAAAAAAACAUUUUACUUUAUGCAACUGGAAGAUGUCCGUCUGCCCCCGAGGUUGUUCUGUGAAACCGCACCUGCUUGUUGUUCUCAGUGCGAUUCAUGAAUGAAUUUUAUGUGCCUAUUUAUGGUCAGAUGAUUUCAGACGUUCAGUGGCUGCAUCUCUCUGUCCUGUUCAAUACAUUUCUGAUUUCUGACAGCUAUGCUCUGCGCUCAUUUUGAAGUAAAUUUAAUUUUGAAAUAGUGCUGAUUCAUGCUGAAUGAUUUCUCCGCUCAUGAAACCUGAUUUUGUCCAGUGUCACAGUAACAAAGUAGAAACAGACUGUUUAUUUUUUAAUUGUUUUUAACCGUCAAGUUGAGGGUUUUCAGCUCAACCCAUCUGCGUCUGAAUCAUCUGUCAGGAGCUCUUGUUUGGACUUAUUUUUUAGGAAAGAAGAGAGAAAAGUGACGAGCUCUAUUGUCAAGUACCAGGAGUAUUAUUAUUUUUUAGCUGUGUUGAGUUGUGAAAAAGUAAUAAAAUUUGUAUUAUAUAAACCUUCACUCCUGAAGACUUGUCAUGGCACUGAAACAUGAACUCCGAUAUCCACACUGCGGCCCUGUUGCACACACCUCCAGGGUGACCUGGUGCUUAGGAGAGGGUCCCGAUCAAUAUGUUGCCUUAUUAAGAUCAUUGGUGUGAUGUAAAGUGUGUAAAUGUUACUAAACAAGCACUGAUGUUCCUGUACAUGUUUCAGUGAGGAUUUAUUACAAUAUCAGAUUAACUAAUGAAUCGUUUAGGCCAUACGAUAAUGAAAAGUGUCCAUUACAAGAUACCAGAGGAUAAAAAAAAAAAGUGUCUUUGGAUGAAUUAUUUUUAGUUAACAGUUAAUAAAUUAGAAAGCCAGGAGGUCAUUUGUUAUUUUUUACUUUAUAAAUCACAUUUAAGACAGUUUCUUAAAGUGAAUUUAUUCUGUAUUGAUCAUUUCAGCAUUAUAGUUUCAGUACAGUGUGGUAUACAUGAUUGGUAUUUACUUGCCCUUUUCACAGGCUGAUAGCAGAUCAGAUUCACAGCAGAAACAACAAGUGGGUAAAAUGUUUUUUUUUAUUUAGGCACAACAGAUGUUGCAGCAUGAUUUCCUCCUCUAGAUGGCAGUGGGAUAAAAGCUUGAAGAGAGGAGGUUUAGCUCCUGUCUAUAUGGCCUAAUUUGCUUUAUCUGCCUCUCUGUUGGUUGGCAGCUAUGAUGGUCAUUUGCUUAAUUGUUCCUUGUAUUAAAAGCACUGAAAUGUCGAA